UCCAUCAUUGCGGCGCGUCCUCCUGUUUCGUCCCUGCUACAGUGAUGCAUCUCGUUCAUGCCUUCGAUACGUCAAGCAGCUGUGAAGGACUGACGACGACGAUGACGAUGUUGCCGUGAAGAGAUGCGAUGCAGAUAGUCUAUCACUGACGCCGUCUCGGAGCUUGAUCGCGCAUCCCUGCUCCGCAUCUUGACGUCGACGCACGCGACCAUCACCACCACCAGCACCCAUCCUCCCGCCAGGACCGAGGACAUGAGCUCGCCGCAAUGGCUCACUCAAGUCGUGCCGGCACGUCUGUCCUUCCUGGCCAUCUACAAUCCCUCCCUCGGCCUUACCGAUGACACCUUCAAGGACCAGGCCCUCUUCUACUUCUCGCGCAGGGCCCACGACGCACGACUCGCAGUGAAGAAGAAUGGGCGCAGCGACGCUGCUGGCGGCGAUGCCAUUCGCGAGGAAGAGAAUGAGAAGCUGCGGCAGAUUGGUUUGGCACAAGGCAUGAUCGAUUUUGCACGGAGCUUCUCGGAUAGGGAAGCUGUGGAUUCCAUCGAUACGGAGAAGUCACGCAUCGUCCUGCACGAGUUGGAGGCGGGGUGGUGGGUGCUGGCGUCCAUCGAUCUCACGAGAUUGCCUGGAGUGCCUUCAGCUACCUCCGAUACGGCGAAGAAGGGCUCUGCAAAGGCCGAGCCGAAAGUGAACGUCGAGUACUCGGCCCGGGAGGUCAGUCCACCAGCGUUACUCAUUCAGCAGCUCAUUCAAGCGCACCAUAUCUUCUCCCUGCACCAUGGUCCUUCUCUCGCCCAGCUCUUCGUUCGCAUGCAACGCGAGAAGUUCUGCAACGCGUUGGACCGAUUCUGGACUCGCUUCUGCCGCACAUGGGACGUCUUACUCCACGGCAGUCCUGCGACCGACAUCUUCACAGGAAUCAAGCUCUCCAGUGGAGGCGAGCUUGGAAUGGGCGUGGGCGAGGAAGAGUGGGGCAGUGGUGAGCGGGACGUGCUCGAAGACCUUGUGCGGCGGACUGAGGGACUGGUUGACGUGGUCGCCGCUCGGUUUGGUGAGCCCGCCCCAGCCAAGGAAGCUGCUGCCGUUAGCGAGUCAGAAUCAUUGCCUUGGUUGGGUGGCGGUAAUUAUCCUGUUGCAUCCGAUGGCAUAAUUUUUGGUGGCAUUGGAGCCAUCACGAAACCUUCGCUCAGAAAUGUGUCUCUCUGGAUGCGGCAGAUCUAUACCUAUGGCGAUUAUGCCUACGGAGUCCGCGACAACCCACUCCGCGAACGAAGAAGACGCAGGAAGCGGCAAACUCUUGUUCCAGAUCUAGGCUCUGAUUUCGUCGACCAGUCGGAUCCGAAGACAAACAUCCCAAAUGUACCAAUCAGUACUUCGGCGAAGGACUUCGGGACGGGAAAGGCGAGACGGAUACCAGAAUCGCCUCCUGCAGUAGAUGGGACUGAAGACCCAUCCGCCGAGGACGAUGCAGCUAGUGCAAUGGGGCGGCCAGGCAUUCCCCCACCCAUUGUCAGCGCAGCCGAGACUUCGCUCACGCGGGCUACGAGAGAAGCCCAGACUACGACGACUGAAGCUUCCUCGAACGAUGAGACCACUCUCGGUGUGCCUGAUCAAUACAUGAAGUAUCUCACUUUCGGCAUUAGUACACUGGUGAAAUCCAAUCAGAAGCGACCUGAGCCGCCGAAGAGGACGUCGACAUCAAGUUCGAAGACAUUGACUCAGCAGCGGCACGCAGCUUCUAGCAUGUCCAAGCAGAAAGAGAACCUGGAAACCGGUGACAGCGGGCUGACACACGUCGAUCCUCUACCUGACGGCGAAACGCUUCGGACGAAAAUUGAUAUUCAGAGGCGGCUUGAGGAGAAAGGGCACUUUGUAAUCGGCUUGCGAGGAGACCUCGACGACGUUCCAGAUGAAGGCGAUGCGCCUAUCGAGGAUUUUGAGGACGAAGAGUCUGGCGGGUUGCGCAAUGUCUUACGGUCUGUCCAUGUACAGCUAUCAUCAAAGGCAUUGGAAGACGAAGACCAGACUUCGUUACAGCGCAAGUUGUCUGAUGCUGGCUUAUCUUCCGAGGCUGAGGGAUGGGACGACUUCAAACGCCAUCGAGUCCUGGUCUACGUUCAUCGCCCGUUCAUGUACUGCUUUCUCUUCCAGCAUCGGACGCCCUCGCUGGCGGUGGCCAGCUUCUACAGGGACUUGCAUCGAAACCUGCUUCCCAUACACAAGCCUCUAUUGUCUUCAACGAGCUACACGAAAGUGGCGCAACGUAUUGACGAUGCGCAAGCGGCAACAUCAGACACAGCUAGCAUCACGAGUGGACAGUCGAGCAACGGCCAAGCUGCACAACCAGCGCCCAUCUAUGACCUACUCUACGACCCUGCGCUUCUUACGAUACAUACGAGUAUCCCUAAUAUUGCUGAGCCCGGCACUCCUGCAGCCGAAGGGAUACUAUCUAGCAAGAAAAACACACCUGCGCCGACAUGGAACAGAAUCGAGGCCUUGAAUGUACACAGCCAAGUCCUCAACACUCUUUCCAGCGUCAAGCGCAACCCUCAGGAAUACGAGCGCACCAGCAAAACCAGUCGCGGGUGGUGGGUGGUGUGGAUGAAACUUCCGCCAUCCGCAAAUGUUGUCAAUGAGGCCGAGCCAGAGGCAGAAGUGCAAUCCGAUGCUGGUAUACCCUCUCCAAAAGAUGCUAAACCAGCAGAUGAGUCCUCCUUUGUCCCGCCAGCGUUACCGAAGGAGGACUCUGGCGGAACUCUGCUUCCUCCGUCAACAAAACAUCCAUCGACAGUCUCACACAAAAAGCCUCCGUCGAUGAAUCGGAUCGCGUUUCUCGUUCGCAAAGCAUCGGAUACCACUGCUCCGGUGAAAUCUUCGACGAGUAGCCGCGCUGCGAGUAGCAUGUGGAGCGCGCUAACUCUUCGACCUACUUCGACAUCCGAUGAGAAUACCGGCGGUGCGGGUGCUGGUUGGGGACCUUCGGCUCUCGCUGGAGGGAUUGGAUUUGACCCUAGAAAGUACGUAGAGGGCCUGCUGAGUUUGAACAGAUGAGCGUUGUCGCUCGCGAGGGUAAAGUUUGAAACACCUGCAACACGCGCAUGGCCUGUUGCGGGAAAUCGCUAGCAGAGAACUAUCCGGACGACAGAACGGACAUACGACGGCAAGGGACAGACUGCUCCACGUUAUCGAUGUCGGUUUUCGAUAUCAGCAUCCUGUCGAAACGCAGCUUAUGGUCCGCGUCAUCCGUGAUGUGGCUCAUAUGCUUGCGCACUUAUAUCACCUACCGGAUCCGAAUACGGCGCGCUAGAGCAGAUUUGCGGACGAUGCCAGAGCAUGGAUUUGGUCUGUGGCAGAUGCAUAUCCCAUCUUGCACUGCGAAGUUGCGAACAGCGUGCAGCGACAAAUAGCCUUUUGCCUGACAUAAGCGCAGUCGUAUCAUUGACCCUAGAAGACCGUUGCAUCUACAACCUGCUUUCGUUUCAUCUCGUCCGCCGCACGAAUUCGUCCGUCACUAUUUCGAGGCCAAGCGCUUUCCCCUCCUACAACAAGCCUUGGACAUCGUGCCACACCUCGGAC